GGCCCGGGGGCCCCCAGCCUCCCUCUCCGGACCCGGGGAGAGGAUUGCCCGUGCCCUCGCAGGCCGGCGCGCCCCCGGAGAACCAGCCGGGGCUUUGGGGGCAGCGGGGUCCCCGGGCCCCAAACCGGGCCCCAAACCGGGCCCCCCCUUCAGCACGCUGACGUCACCCCAGGCCACGCUGAUUGGCUGCUCUUGCCGUCGGUCAGGACACUUCCUCCUGGGCCGCCGCCGCCGCCGCCGAGUUACAAAGUUCUGAGCGCGGGGGGCGGGGGCGGGAAAGGAGUCCGAAGACCCCCGCCCGCCCUCCCGUCGCGACCGCGACCCCGGCCCGCCGAACCCGAGCCCGCCCGGUAACCCCCGCGCCCCCCAAACUUCCCCAGGGCCCCCAGAGUCCGCUCCGCUCCGCCCGCGUGGGGGCCCCGCGGGGGUGUCCGCACCUUUCCGACCUGGGGUCUCCCUUCCCGUGCCCCAUCCCUCUUCUUCCGAGCCGGCUGAGCCCCCGGGCGCGGAGAAUCCUACUCGAGGGUGCACCUCCCUGAUCCUCGCGACCCCUUCCCCCGAUCGCAAGUGGAUGUGGGCGUGAGGCGGCCGGGCGCCACUCCGUCAUCCCCCCAAUGGCCUCCCCCGCCGCCUCCUCCCCUCCCGCGGGGCUCCCGCAGUCUCCGGGGCCGGGGUCGCCGCCGCCAGCCCACGCGGGAGCCGAGCUGUCGCAGCCGCAGCCGCAGCCCCUCCUGCUGCUGGCCCCGGGCUCCGGCGGGGUCUCCUUCCACAUUCAGAUCGGACUCACCCGCGAGUUCGUGCUGCUGCCCGCCGCCUCGGACCUGGCCCACGUUAAGCAGCUGGCGUGCUCCAUCGUGGACCAGAAGUUCCCCGAGUGCGGCUUCUAUGGGCUCUAUGACAAGAUCCUGCUCUUCAAGCACGACCCCACCUCGGCCAACCUGCUGCAGCUGGUCCGCUCUGCUGGGGACAUCCAGGAGGGAGACCUGGUGGAGGUGGUGCUGUCCGCUUCUGCUACCUUCGAGGACUUCCAGAUCCGGCCCCACGCCCUCACGGUCCACUCCUACCGGGCGCCCGCUUUCUGCGACCACUGUGGGGAGAUGCUGUUCGGCCUGGUGCGCCAGGGACUCAAGUGCGACGGCUGUGGGCUGAAUUACCACAAACGCUGUGCCUUCAGCAUCCCCAACAACUGUAGCGGGGCCCGGAAGCGCCGCCUCUCCUCCACCUCGCUGGCCAGCGGGCACUCUCUUCGGCUGGGCACCUCCGAGUCUCUGCCGUGCACGCCUGAUGAGCUGAGCCGCAGCUCAACUGAGGCGUUCUCCCGCCGCCUGCCCUCAUCUUCCUCUUCCUCCUCCUCCACAUCCUACAUGGGCCGCCCCAUUGAGCUGGACAAGCUGCUGCUCUCCAAGGUCAAGGUCCCCCACACCUUCCUCAUCCACAGUUACACUCGGCCUACUGUCUGCCAGGCCUGCAAGAAGCUCUUGAAGGGUCUCUUCCGACAAGGCCUCCAAUGCAAAGAUUGCAAAUUUAACUGUCACAAGCGCUGUGCCACCCGAGUCCCCAACGACUGCCUGGGAGAGGCGCUCCUCAACGGCGAUGUGCCCAUGGAGGAGGCGAGCGACUUUGGGGACUCCGACAAGAGUUCCCUGAUGGACGAGUGCGAUGACGGGGGCGUCAUCCCCGGCUCCCACGCAGAGAACGCCCUGAGAGCCAGCGAGGAGGAGGAGGGAGAAGCCGGCAAGGCGCAGAGUUCCCUCGGCUACAUCCCCCUGAUGCGCGUUGUCCAGUCUGUGAGACACACCACCCGGAAGUCCAGCACGACCCUGCGGGAGGGCUGGGUUGUCCACUACAGCAACAAGGACACGCUGAGGAAGCGUCACUACUGGCGCCUGGACUGCAAGUGCCUGACCCUCUUCCAGAACAACACAACCAACCGAUACUACAAGGAGAUCCCCCUCUCUGAGAUCUUGGCUGUGGAGCCGGCCCAGAACUUCUCCCUGGUGCCCCCGGGCACCAACCCACACUGCUUUGAGAUCGUCACUGCAAACACCACCUACUUCGUUGGCGAGACGCCCGUCCUGGCUCCUGGCGGCCCCGGUGGCGGGCAGGGGGCCGAGACCGCGCGGGGCUGGGAGACGGCCAUCCGCCAGGCCCUGAUGCCCGUCAUCCUGCAGGACGCUCCCAGCACUCCCGGCCACGCCCCCCACAGGCAGGCCUCCGUGAGCAUUUCUGUGUCCAACAGCCAGAUCCAGGAAAACGUGGACAUCGCCACCGUCUACCAGAUCUUCCCGGAUGAGGUGCUGGGCUCUGGGCAGUUUGGAGUAGUCUACGGAGGGAAGCACAGGAAGACGGGCAGGGACGUGGCUGUGAAGGUGAUCGACAAGCUGCGCUUCCCCACCAAGCAGGAGAGCCAGCUCCGCAACGAGGUGGCCAUCCUGCAGAGUCUCCGGCACCCGGGAAUCGUGAACCUGGAGUGUAUGUUUGAGACCCCGGAGAAGGUGUUUGUGGUGAUGGAGAAGCUUCAUGGGGACAUGCUGGAGAUGAUCCUGUCCAGUGAGAAGGGCCGGCUGCCCGAGAGGCUCACCAAGUUCCUUAUCACCCAGAUCCUGGUGGCCCUGAGACACCUGCACUUCAAGAACAUCGUUCACUGUGACCUGAAGCCAGAGAAUGUGCUUUUGGCCUCAGCAGACCCCUUCCCCCAGGUGAAGCUGUGUGACUUCGGAUUUGCCCGGAUAAUUGGGGAGAAGUCUUUCCGCCGCUCCGUCGUGGGGACCCCUGCCUAUCUGGCGCCCGAGGUGCUGCUGAAUCAGGGCUACAACCGCUCCCUGGACAUGUGGUCCGUGGGGGUGAUCAUGUACGUCAGCCUCAGCGGGACCUUCCCCUUUAACGAGGACGAGGACAUUAACGACCAGAUCCAGAACGCGGCCUUCAUGUACCCCGCCAGCCCCUGGAGCCACAUCUCGGCCGGAGCCAUAGACCUGAUCAACAACCUGCUCCAGGUGAAGAUGCGGAAGCGCUACAGUGUGGACAAGUCCCUGAGCCACCCCUGGCUGCAGGACUACCAGACGUGGCUGGACCUGCGGGAGCUCGAGGGCAAGAUGGGGGAGCGGCACAUCACCCACGAGAGUGACGACGCCCGCUGGGAGCAGUUCGCAGCCGAGCACACGCUGCCUUACCCGGCCCACCUGCGCGGGACAGGAGGGGGCGGGGAGCCCGGGGGCGGGGGGAGGGUCGCCCAGACCUUCCCGUCCCCGGACCACGAGAUGCAGGGCCUGGCCGAGCGGGUCAGCGUCCUCUGAGGCUGCUUGGCAACCGGGACCUCCCAACGCCUCCGACGCCAGGAAGGCUGCCCCUUCUCUCAUGGACCCGCCUGCCCUACCCACCUGCAGCCCCCUUGCCUUACAGCUGGAGGGGGAGGAGGGCCGAGGGUGGGCUGAGGGAUGACCAGGAACAGCUCGGGCUGUGCAUGCCCCGCCCCGCCUCUCCACGCCUCUCCCUUGAGCAAACUCCCCUGGAACAGUAAAGGGACCUUGUCUGA